AUGAGUUCUAACACACGAGUCGCUUGUGUGAUGGUGGGGCUUCCUGCCCGUGGAAAGACUUACAUUGCUCAAAAAGUAUGUCGUUACCUCCAAUGGCUGAGUAUCUCAACCAAGGUUUUCAACGUUGGGAAUUAUCGUCGUAAGCUUCAUGGUGCGCACCAGAUGCAUUCUUUUUUUGAUCCCAACAAUAAAACGGGGGAGAGUGCACGAAAACAGGCUGCUACCGAAGCAUUAAAUGAUAUGGUAAAAUGGUUUAAGGAGGAGAACGGCACAGUUGCCAUAUUUGAUGCAACCAAUUCUACCCGGAGUAGACGCGAAUUCAUCCUUAAUUAUUGUAGGAAGGAAGACAUUCUAGUCAUGUUCAUAGAAUCCAUCUGCCAAGAUGAAAAUUUGAUCUUACAGAAUAUCGUGGAUGUGAAAUUGUCUUCGCCAGAUUAUAAAAAUAUUGACCCCGAAAAGGCGGCAGAAGACUUUCGCGCCAGAAUUGCUCACUACGAACAAGCUUAUGAACCAAUCACAGAAAGUCAUCUCACUUUCAUCAAGAUUAUCAACGUUGGAAGUCAGGUGGUGAUCAACAUGAUCCAAGGUUAUUUGCAGAGUCGAAUUGUAUAUUACCUCAUGAACUUGCAUAUUUUGCCCAGGAGCAUUUUCUUUAGUAGGCACGGUGAAAGCAUGUAUCAUCUUAUGGGCAAAAUAGGUGGUGACUCAGAUCUGUCACCUCGCGGAAAGAGAUAUGCCCUUGCGUUACCCAAACUUAUCAAAGAGAAUUUGGGUGAUCAACCAUUGACUGUUUGGACAUCGACGAUGAAACGCACAAUACAAACCAGUGAACAUUUGCCAUACCCAAAGUUGCAAUGGAAAGCGCUGGAUGAGAUAGACGCGGGUUGUUGCGAUGGGAAGACGUAUGAGGAAAUCGAGGAGACUUCCAUCCGGGAUCAGGACAAGUUCAACUACAGAUACCGAGGUGGUGAGUCAUACCGUGACGCCAUCAAUCGAUUGGAACCAGUGAUAAUGGAACUUGAAAGACAACAGAAUAUCAUGAUAGUUGGGCAUCAGGCUAUUCUACGUUGCAUGUACGCAUAUUUUCAUAACCUACCACAUGAAGAUCUACCAUACAUAAGAAUCCCUCUCCACACUGUUAUCAAGCUAACACCUAAAGCUUAUGGGUGCGAAGAAGAAAGAUAUCGAUUUGAUAUUGAUGCAGUAGAUACCUAUAGACCCAGACCACCGCCUAAACAAAAUGCGCAGCAAACGGCGUGA